CGCCGCCCUCGCCCGACCGGGCGCGCGCCGCGCCUCCGCGGCCGGUCCCCGCGCGUGCGCGCUCCGCCGGGUGUAUGUGUGUGAGUGUGUGUGCGGCCGAGGGGUGGGCCGCCGCCGCCGCCGCCGACGAUGCCGCGGGGCCGCCCCCCGAAGCCCAAGGAGAGCAAGGCGCGCGGCGACACCGAUGGAGUUUUAACAUUGAAUGCGGAGAACACUAAUUAUGACUAUCAAGUUCCAAACUUCCAUAAAUGUGAAAUCUGUCUGCUAUCUUUUCCAAAAGAGUCCCAGUUUCAACGCCACAUGCGGGAUCACGAGCGAAAUGACAAGCCACAUCGAUGCGACCAGUGCCCCCAAACCUUUAAUGUUGAGUUCAACCUGACCCUUCACAAAUGUACCCACAAUGGGGAGGAUCCUACUUGUCCCGUGUGUAACAAGAAAUUCUCCAGAGUGGCUAGUCUCAAAGCACAUGUUAUGCUGCAUGAAAAGGAAGAGAACCUCAUCUGCUCCGAGUGCGGGGAUGAGUUCACUCUGCAGAGCCAGCUGGCCAUCCACAUGGAGGAGCACCGCCAGGAGCUGGCCGGAAGCCGCACUCACACCUGCAAGGCCUGCAGGAAGGAGUUCGAGACGUCCUCACAGCUCAAGGAGCACAUGAAGACACACUACAAGAUCAGGGUGGCCGGCACCAGGUCGUACAACAGGAACAUCGACAGGAGCAGCUUCACAUACUCCUGCCCGCACUGCGGGAAGACGUUCCAGAAGCCGAGCCAGCUGACGCGGCACGUCCGGAUACACACAGGUGAAAGGCCAUUUAAGUGUAGCGAAUGUGGAAAAGCUUUUAACCAGAAGGGUGCGCUGCAGACUCACAUGAUCAAGCAUACGGGUGAGAAGCCCCACGCCUGUGCCUUCUGUCCUGCCGCCUUCUCUCAGAAAGGGAACCUCCAGUCCCAUGUGCAGAGGGUUCACUCCGAGGUCAAGAAUGGCCCUACCUAUAAUUGUACAGAAUGUAGUUGUGUAUUUAAAAGUUUAGGUAGCUUGAACACUCACAUCAGCAAGAUGCAUAUGGGUGGACCACAGAAUUCAGCAGGCGCUACAGAGACUGCUCACGUCUUAACGGCCACGUUGUUUCAGACUUUACCUCUCCAGCAGACGGACACCCAGGUCCCGUCGGCUCCCGGUCAGCAGAGCUCGCAGGUGGUGACCGACGUCAUCCAGCAGUUGCUGGAGCUGUCAGAGCCGGGGCCGGUGGAGGCCAGCCAGCCGCCCCAGGCUGCCCAGCAGCUGAGCAUCACCGUGGGCAUCAACCAGGACAUCCUGCAGCAAGCCUUAGAAAACAGUGGGCUGUCUUCAAUUCCAGUUGCAGCGCAUCCGAGCGACCCCAGCCACACCAAGGCCGCAGCAGCUCAGGGCCAGACCCCAGACGCUACGAGCGUUUCAAGUGAGCCAGCUGACCCUACAGACACAGAGCAAGAGAAAGAGCAGGAAAGCCCAGAGAAGCUGGAUAAAAAGGAGAAAAAGAUUAUAAAGAAGAAAUCACCGUUUCUACCAGGGUCGAUCCGCGAGGAGAAUGGCGUGCGCUGGCACGUGUGCCCCUGCUGUGCCAAGGAGUUCCGCAAGCCCAGCGAUCUGGUGCGCCACAUCCGCAUCCACACCCACGAGAAGCCCUUCAAGUGCCCCCAGUGCUUCCGGGCCUUCGCCGUGAAGAGCACGCUGACCGCCCACAUCAAGACGCACACGGGCAUCAAGGCCUUCAAGUGCCAGUACUGCAUGAAGAGCUUCUCCACCUCGGGGAGCCUCAAGGUGCACAUUCGCCUGCACACAGGAGUCAGACCUUUUGCUUGUCCUCACUGUGACAAGAAGUUCCGAACCUCAGGCCACAGGAAGACUCAUGUCGCCUCUCACUUUAAACACACGGAGUUGAGAAAGAUGAGGCACCAGCGUAAACCUGCCAAGGUUCGCGUGGGCAAGGCGAAUGUCCCAGUCCCGGACAUUCCUUUGCAGGAACCGAUUCUCAUAACAGACGUAGGUCUUAUCCAGCCCAUUCCAAGGAACCAGUUAUUUCAAAGUUAUUUUAAUAACAAUUUUGUAAAUGAAGCAGAUAGACCAUACAAGUGUUUUUACUGUCAUCGUGCCUAUAAAAAGUCUUGUCAUCUUAAACAACACAUCAGGUCCCAUACAGGUGAAAAGCCCUUUAAGUGUUCUCAGUGUGGAAGAGGCUUUGUUUCCGCAGGAGUGCUCAAAGCGCACGUGCGAACGCACACAGGCCUGAAGUCUUUCAAGUGUCUGAUCUGUAACGGCGCUUUCACGACCGGGGGCAGCCUGCGGCGACACAUGGGCAUCCACAACGACCUCCGCCCCUACAUGUGCCCCUACUGCCAGAAGACGUUUAAGACCUCGCUCAACUGCAAGAAGCACAUGAAGACCCACAGAUACGAGCUCGCCCAGCAGCUCCAGCAGCAUCAGCAGGCCUCCGCCAUGGAUGACAGCACCGUGGACCAGCAGGGCAUGCACGUGUCUACCCCGAUGCAGGUGGAGAUCGAGAGCGAGGCACUGCAGCCCAGCACCGAGGCCGUGGCCGCCAACCCCGGGGCCAUGCUGGAGCUGGGGCCGCCUCACGGCGUGAGCGCCGAAGAGGCGGGGCUGGGCCCGCAGAUGGCGGGGCAGCCUUUGGAGGCAGAGGAAGACAGGUUCGUGGCCCCACAGCAGGCCCUGCAGGGGCAUGUGGACCAGCUUCACGAGCAGGCACCCCCUCAGCAGUCCUUCGAACCGGCUGGCUUGUCUCAGGGUUUUACAGUGACUGAUACAUACAGUCAGCAGACCCCGUUCCCCCCUGUCCAGCAGUUACAAGAUUCUAGCACACUGGAGUCCCAGGCCCUCUCCACAAGCUUCCACCAGCAGAACCUCCUUCCCGUGCCUGGCACCGACACCAUUAAUGUAACAACUCGUUUGAUUCAGGAGUCCCCCCAGGAGGAGAUGGACCUGCCGCCUCCACGCCCCCCGUUCCUGGAGGAGACCGAAGAGCAGAGCCGGCGCUCCUACAGGUGUGACUACUGCAGCAAAGGCUUUAAGAAGUCCAGCCACCUGAAGCAGCACGUGCGCUCACACACAGGGGAGAAGCCCUACAAGUGCAAGCUCUGUGGACGUGGCUUCGUCUCCUCCGGGGUCCUCAAGUCCCACGAGAAGACGCACACCGGAGUCAAGGCCUUCAGCUGCAGCGUGUGCAGCACCGCCUUCACCACCAACGGCAGCCUCACCAGGCACAUGGCCACGCACGUGAGCGCGAAGCCCUACAGGUGUCCGUUCUGCGAGCAGGGCUUCCGGACCACAAUGCACUGUAAGAAGCACAUGAAGACGCACCAGACAGCCACCUCGGGCGGGUCAGUGCCAGGAGACACGGACGGAGGAGAGAUGGGUCUGGAGGAGGAGGAGGACGGCUCCGAAAGAAGCACAUCCCGGAAGGCGCGUCCCGAGGUCAUCACCUUCACCGAGGAGGAGACGGCGCAGCUGGCCAAGAUCCCGCCGCAGGAGAGCGCCACAGUCUCGGAGCAGGUGCUGGUGCAGUCGGCCGCCGAGAAGGACCGCAUCAGCGAGAUGAAGGACCGGCAGGCCGAGCUGGAGGCCGAGCCCAAGCAUGCCAAUUGCUGCUCCUACUGCCCCAAGAGCUUCAAGAAGCCCAGUGACCUGGUCAGGCAUGUUCGAAUCCACACUGGAGAAAAGCCAUAUAGAUGUGAGGAAUGUGGGAAGAGCUUCACAGUGAAGUCCACCCUAGACUGCCACGUGAAGACUCACACAGGCCAGAAGCUCUUCAGCUGCCAUGUGUGCAGCAACGCCUUCUCCACCAAGGGCAGCCUGAAGGUGCACAUGCGCCUGCACACGGGUGCGAAACCCUUCAAGUGCCCGCACUGCGAGCUGCGCUUCCGCACGUCAGGGCGGAGGAAGACACACAUGCAGUUCCAUUACAAGCCAGACCCCAAGAAGGCCCGGAAGCCCGCGCCCCGGGCGGCGGCCGAGGGCCCACAGCCCGUGAACGCAGCCCCCGCACCGUCCGCCGACCCCGGCGUGUUCAUCAUGAAUAGCCCGGUGCUGACCGGGCAGCUGGACCAGAGUCUGCUGCAGCCGGGCCUGCUGGGCCAGGCCGUCCUGCCGGCCUCCGUGUCAGCUGGUGGUGACUGGACAGUGUCUUUGACGGACGGGAGCUUGGCCACCCUGGACGGCAUACAGCUGCAGCUGGCAGCUAACUUGGUGGGGCCCAAUGUCCAGAUCUCCGGGAUCGAUGCCUCCACUGUCAAUAACAUCACUCUGCAGAUUGACCCGAGUGUCCUGCAGCAGACCCUACAGCAGGGCAACCUGCUUGCUCAGCAGCUGACAGCGGAGCCCGGCCUGGCCCCGCAGGGCAGCUCCCUGCAGACACCGGAGAGCACGGUCCCGGCCAGUGUGGUCAUCCAGCCCAUCCCAGGCCUGUCCCUGCAGCCCACGGUGACAUCUGCCAACCUGACCAUAGGCCCACUUUCGGAGCAGGACUCGGUGCUGGCCACCAGCAGCAGCGGGACGCAAGACCUCUCUCAGGUGAUGACCUCACAAGGCCUGGUCUCCACCUCUGGCGGCCCCCACGAGAUCACCCUGACCAUCAACAACUCGAGCCUGAGCCAGGCGUUGGCCCAGGCUGCCGGGCCCGCUGCUGCCGCAGCCUCGGGGCCGCCACAGGAGAUCACCCUGACCAUCUCUGAAUUCUUCUCGGAUCAUGUAGAAAAUAACGAUAGAAAAAUAGGUCAAGAUCUUAUUCAACACAGUUCUAAUGGAAGUAGUGAACUAAACGGAAGCAUAAGACUGUCAGCACCUACAAUCAAUAAUCAAUCCACAGGUGCCACCUUGACAAUAAGCAAUGAUCAGCUGCUCUCGCAGAGCGCAACAUUAAACUCUUCAGAACUUAACGCCACAGCUGGAAGCCUGCCUCCCACAACGCCGCUGUCGCCGUCUGCUGUCUCUGCGCAGAGCCUGGUCAUGUCCUCGUCCGCGGUGGGGGCAGAGGCCAGCGUCACGCUGACCCUGGCAGACACCCAGGGCUUGCUGUCCGGGGGGCUGGACACCGUCACGCUCAACAUCGCCUCUCAGGGUCAGCAGUUCCCAGCCUUACUCACGGACCCUUCUCUCUCGGGCCCGGGGGGCACGGGCUCACCCCAGGUCAUCCUGGUGAGCCCCCCCGCACAGCCGUCGUCCGCCUGUGAGGAGAUCACCUACCAGGUGACGGACGUCUCCGCCAGCCUGGCCCCGGGUGGAGCGCCUGAGAAGGAGGCCCGGCUGCACGCGUGCCUGGAGUGUGGCUGCAGCUUCGGCUCGGCCGGCCUGCUGCUGCAGCACAGCAAGGCAGCCCACGGGCGUGAGCGCAUCCACGUGUGCCCCGUGUGCAGGAAGGCCUUCAAGCGCGCCACGCACCUCAAGGAGCACAUGCAGACGCAUCAGGCCGGUCCUUCCUUAAGCUCUCAAAAGCCACGGGUGUUCAAGUGUGACACGUGUGAGAAGGCCUUUGCCAAGCCCAGCCAGCUGGAGCGCCAUAGCCGCAUCCACACAGGGGAGCGGCCAUUCCACUGCACGCUCUGCGAGAAGGCCUUCAACCAGAAGAGCGCGCUGCAGGUACAUAUGAAGAAGCACACGGGGGAGCGGCCGUACAAGUGUGACUACUGCGUCAUGGGCUUCACGCAGAAGAGCAACAUGAAGCUGCACAUGAAGCGGGCCCAUAGCUAUGCAGGGGCGGUGCCGGAGCCCGUGGGCCAGCAGGACCAUGGAGCGGAGGCGCUGAGCCACGCGCUGCACCUGGACGAGGUGGUCCCAGAGCCUGCGAGUGAGUGGCAGGCCCUGGCCAACGUGUUCUGACGGGCGCCGCCCCGAGGAUGUCCUGGAGUCAAGUGUGGAGGAGAACAGAGCACUUGGGAUUUCUGUUUUGAAGCCUCAAGUGUUACAAAUGUCACCGCAAUAGUUUUUUUAGCUACAAAAUGGUCUAAAGAUCACUGACUUUCAGCGACUUCCAGGAAGGAGCUGGGCGAGGUGGAAGGCACGGCGUUUUCAUGUCUCUGCAGACCACUAAACUCAGGUCCACGUCAGCAGUCUCACCCUCCCCGUGGCCAGUGCAGCCAGCUAGCCAUCCGCCGGAUCUUCCUGUCAUCAUGGUGUGAUCAGUAAGACAGGUGUCAGUGUGGGGGAAGGCAGAGGGUUCUCUAUUCCUUCAUGCUUCCCAUGACAAAAAACAUAGCUCAUGAAACCAACAUAAGCUAGGUGCAUGAAGUUCAAAGGAAAUGCUAUGACACACAGGGAAGUUUUUUCCAUUUUUUUCUGUGUGUGUUUUGAGAUUAGUAGAAAUGGACUCUUUUUUUUUUUUAGCCUACCGUAUGUUAGUAUACUGGGACCUUGAGAGAUGGCUGGACCACUUCUCUCCAGGACAGAGAGCUACCCGUCAGUCAGGAGAAGGCAGCACCUGGGGCGUGAACGUGACGACAGAGUCAGCCUGACCCACAAGCGAGGACUCGGCCGUCCCUGCUGGAGGCGGUCGCACGCGCCCGAGUCCCCGCCGGGCCCACGGCUGGGUCAGCAGAAAGCACAAGCUGCACCGCAGACUGCAGACCGCGGCGCCGGCUCCCGGGAGCGGAGACGCUGCCGCCCCGUGCGCCCCAGCGACCCAGAGGAUAGGAACAUGUCCAAGCCCCGCGGUGUUCUCUUCGUCCAUAAGCAGGUGUACUUUUUAUUUCAGGGAAUCCUUUAGUAUCAUCAAUGGUGCCACGUUGAACAUGCCCCAAACCAACCAAAUCCCGCCCUCGCUGGGGCAGAGUGCGCGUCGAUCCCACGGCAUUCCAAAGACAGAAACUUCUUACUCCACGUGACUCUCUCCUUGGAAAUUAUUUAUAUGUUCUAUAUAUAAAUACGUAUGUACAUAUGCAGAUAUAUGGGCCUCUGUGUGGCUGAACAGUAUAUUUUGUAAAUAAGCACUAUCCCUGUUACAGAGAGAGCGGCAGCAUUUUUACCUCCAACGAGCACUUCAGAUCAGUAUUGCAUUCAUUUUGUUAAUAAAGAAAUGGACAUCCUCGUCAUUGUGACAUAAAGCUGGGGUUGCUUUUUUUGUGUUUGUUUUUCCUAAGAAUAAUUGCCUUUAUUUUUUCUCAUUGCCUCACUGGUUUCAGAAGAGAGCAAUUUUAUUAUAAACAGUGUAUGGACUUUGUGUGUUAAGAGAGGAGCUCAUUGCAGGUUCCUGAGGAGAGACGUUUCGCUGUUACUUUUUGAAGGGGCAUCUGUUGACUUUUUGUUGCUCACACUUUUGGCAUAUGUAUAUAAGUAGUAUUGAUGGUGAUAUAAAAACUUUUGUUAUGUGAAAAUAUUUAAGUCUGAAAACUUAAAUAAUAUUACUUUUUUUUUUCAAACUGCUUUGUGUAUUGUAUAUUUUUUUAAAGAAAAAAAAAAAAAAAAAGCCUUAUUUGACUUGUGAUACUGGACUUCUGUAUCCUGAGGUUUUUCUUGAAUGUCAGUGUGUGUACCUGGCUGGAGUCCGUAUAUUCAGAAUAACUGUAAUUGUGCCAGAGUUUUAAAGGUUCUGCUUUUAAUGCACUUUUCUUUUAUAAUUUUGUAUUAAAAUAUUUUAGAAAUGUUGAUUAAUUUUGGUGAACAAAUAUCUCCAAAGUUGAAAUUAUUGAAAUUUUAAAAAUUUUGUUCUUGCUAGGUUAUUUAUUUUGGUUUUAGCAUUAAAUGUCAUCUCAGGUCAGUCUCUGCAAGGGGUUUGUUUAAUUCCUAAUUGUAUAGAAAGCAUAGUUCAGUGAAUUGUAUUGGUGCACAGCCUGUUUAAGUAAGGCCUUACCAGGUGAAUCUAAAGCCUACUUUUAUUUUGGUUAAAGAAAAAAAAAAUCUAUCAGUAAUCCAUUUUGUGAGUCUUCUCAGUUUAUUAUCAGGCAAACACAAGACAUUGAUGUAUUAUUUUUAUUUACUUCCUAAUUAUAAAAGCUGCUUCUUUGCAAAACAUUCCUUGAAAAAUAAGGUUUUGUAAAGACAAUUUCACUUGAACUUUUGGUGGAGUGGAGUACAAGUUGAUCUUUAUACUUUACUGGUUGAUAAAAAGUCUUCUGACAAGAGAUUUCUAGUCUCCUGCAUAACCAGGGUUUUGAGGAUAGAUAAUUGUAUUUUUUAAAAAUAUCUAUCAUAGCAUAUCUGCUUUGGAAUAACAAUAAAUAAAAAAAAAUGAAGUUAGGAAA